AGUCCCGAGUGGUGACCGAGUCCCACCCACUCCCCGCAGCUGCCGUUCUGGUCCGCACAACCUUUCACCCUGCUGCGGGAUGAGCAGAGCGGCGGCCUGCGUGGAACCCCAUGGAGGAGCAGGCGCGGCCGCCUGGCCGCCCGGCCGCGAGUGCAACCUUGCAGGGUAGCGCGCAUCCGGGAGGGGCGGCUUCCACGGCCACUGCAGCCGCGCUGUCGUUCAGCUCCGUAGCCACGGUAACGCUGGGAAACCAAAGCGAUGCGGGCAGGCCGGAGGCAGCGGGGUCUCGGGGACCCGCACCGCUGCUAUGGCACGGGGCAGCGGUGGCCGCCCAGGCGCUCGUGCUCCUGCUCAUCUUCUUGCUGUCUAGCCUGGGCAACUGCGCGGUGAUGGGGGUGAUCGUGAAGCAUCGGCAGCUGCGCACGGUCACAAACGCCUUCAUCCUGUCGCUGUCCCUGUCGGACCUGCUCACUGCGCUGCUCUGCCUACCCGCCGCCUUCCUCGAUCUAUUCGCGCCUCCCGGAGACUCUGGGCCCUGGCGCAGCUUCUGCGCAGCCAGCCGCUUCUUCAGUUCGUGUUUCGGAAUCGUAUCCACGUUCAGCGUGGCGCUCAUCUCGCUGGACCGCUACUGCGCCAUCGUGCGGCCGCCGCGGGACAAGCUGGGCCGGCGGCGCGCGCUGCAGCUGCUGGCAGGAGCGUGGUUGGCUGCGCUGGGCUUCUCCCUGCCCUGGGACCUGCUCAGGGCACCCCGGGAGCCCCCCGCUCCGCAGAGCUUCCACCGCUGCCUUUACAGAACCUCCCCAGACCCUGCGCAGCUGGGCGUCGCCUACAGCGUGGGACUGGUGGUGGCUUGCUACUUGCUGCCCUUCCUACUGAUGUGUUUCUGCCGCUACCACAUCUGCAAGACCGUGCGCCUGUCGGACGUGCGCGUGCGGCCGAUGACCACUUACGCGCGCGUGCUGCGCUUCUUCAGCGAGGUGCGCACAGCCACCACCGUGCUCAUCAUGAUUAUCUUUGUCAUGUGCUGCUGGGGUCCCUACUGCUUCCUGGUGCUGCUGGCCGCGACCCGGCAGGGUCAGGCCACGCAGGCUCCCUCGCUGCUCAAUGUGGCGGCUGUUUGGCUGACCUGGGCCAAUGGGGCUAUCAACCCGGUCAUAUAUGCCAUCCGCAACCCCAACAUUUCCAUGCUCCUAGGACGCAACCGCGAAGAAGGGUACAGGACUAGAAACAUGGAUGCUUUUUUGCCUAGCCAAGGCCUAGGUUUUCAAGCCAGAAGUCGCAAUCGCCUUCGAAAUGGCUGUGCCAACAGGCUUGGGGCUUGCAGCAGGAUGCCUUCUUCCAACCCAGCUAGUGGGUCAGGAGGGGAAGUGGUCAUGUGGGCUCGAAAAAAUCCAGUUGUGCUCUUCUUCCGAGAGGGUCCACCGGACUCAGUUAUGGAAGUCGGCAAACUGCAUAAUUCUGAAACCAGGGACAGCAGCAUUUAAGAAGGGCAGGGGUGGACAGCUUGUACAUUUCCACCCCUCUCAUUGAAUGAUGUGGGAACCCGGGGAGAAUCGUUUAUUUAAAACUAAACAUAAAGCCAAACAUUUAAAACUAAAAAGACAGAAAUGGGAGGGUUACUACUUCAUUCUCAAAUUUAAAAUGUAAAAGAACAUUCCCUUUCUUCAAAUGCGGCCAAGGGAAUGUGAAAUGCAAAAAAAAUAAAAACAAUCUUAAGCCACACAACCAAGCACUUUAAGGCGUAAGUGCUAAAAAGCAACAAAAAAUAAAAUUCACCGUUAUUGAAGAGCUCGUGUUACAGGAAUCACACUGUGAGACAAAAAUCAUUGAACUGAACUUAACAGUUGUAUUCAAAUACUGUUUUUUGUUUGUUUGUUUGUUUGCUUGUUUGUUUCUAAUGAACUGAGUCCCUUGGAUCUGUUUGAAGGCCCCUGUACUUUCACCAGAAUUCAGCAGACCUUCAGAUUCUAGAGCCUGCAUGGCUGACCUGCUUCGGGUGCUCAGAGCAGAAACUUAGGCAGAGCAGAAACGUCAUUACGCAGAUUGGUGUGCUCUCCCGGAAUUUUUGUGCAAGAUUUUAAAUUUAGAGUUUAUUUUAAAAGACUUCUGGAUUUUUUAAAGGUCUUUUAUUACUAGAUAUAAUUCAGCGGUCCAAAGGGCAAAGAGAACAUACUGUAGUUGUUUAAACAGAAGUCUAAUAUUAUACAUAAAAACCAAUGUUUCUUUUAAGCCCGUUUUAGCCCCCAAAUUAUCUGUCUUGGAAAAUCACAGCUGUGUCCUUCCUAGAAACUGUUCCUGUUUGAUAGCUUGUAUGGGUGCCACUCCAAAUGUUUUCAUUAAUAAUAAUAAUAAUAAUAAUAAUAAUAAUAAUAAUAAUAAUUUUCAUACUAGAAAAAAAUCUUUCUCUAUUGGGGCAACUUUUUUAUAGAGCCCAAACUGUAAUUUGAAAUCAAAUUCUUUGAAUAUAGUGAGUGAUGUUAAAUAUGUAUGUAGGCAUACAUAUUACACAUAUAGUACUGGCUUUCCUAUUUAGCCUUUAACUGCCAAAUGUGAUUCCAAAAUGGAAUUCUAAAAGUAGUUUGAAAAGUAUGACCACGUUCUUGGAAUAGCCAUAGAACGUCCUAAGAGGACAUACGUUCUAUUUAGAAGUUUCGGUAUGCUUUAGUAGCAGAUUGCUGCCUUACAGGUAUAUUAUAGUCAUCAUUACAAAGAUAAUUGGUUUUUGGGUUACAAGGUGGGAUAAAAGUCCAUUGGCACAAGGUUGGAGAGAUACCUCAAGCCAACUGAAAAUAUUUUCAGAAAUUUGCAAAAAAUCUUUUAAUAACUCAGAAGCACAAUCUAGAGCUCUGUGUGUGUGAAAUGUCUCACACUGAACGUCCCUUGGGACUUGUUGCCCUGCCUGACUCUGCUUCUCUCUUACCCAGUGUUCCAUCGCUUUAGCUGAACACGCACUUUAAAAAGUAUGAAACUGCAUCUGUUAUGUGAAGAUUUCACUAUGUGAACUAGCCAGCAUUACAUAAAUGUCAAGCAUUUAAGAUGUUCAUUCUCCUGUGAGUCUCCAUGUGCCGAGUGAAUGUACAUUGCUUUGUAAUCAAAGAUGGAAAUACAUGAUUUGUACCUUGACGAGC